CGUAUUUCAGAAUUUGCACAUUGAUGUGGUGACACUUCCUUUUCACAUGUAAAUAUUGCAAAGUUGUAAGAAAUAUUGAAGUCGACCUCUUUUUCUGCGUGUAAGACUCAACAGAUGGUCAUAACCUAUCUGUUUAACCAUUUUGUUAGUUCAAAGAUAUAUCAAAGUACUGGACACAGUGAUUUUUGAAAAAUGCCUAAGAAAUUCAAAGGAGAAAACUCUAAAGCAGUGGAAGCAAGGGUACGAAGAGAUGCCCAGAAAUAUGCUGAACAAGAAAAGAAACAAAAAGAAGCUGAAGAUGAGCUUUGGAGAGAUGAUGACAAGCAUGCUACGAGGAAGCAGCAACGGAAAGAGGACAAGGAGAAGAGGCGCUUGGAUCAGGUGGAGAAGAAGAAGGAGCUGCAGCAGCUUCAUGAUGAGGAGAUGAGCAAGCUGAAGAGUGCCAAGCCUGUCGCCGCUGCCAAGUUGACUCGUGCAGAUAUUGCAGCACAGCAGGAGAGACUCGAGGCUGCAGCAGCAGCAGCUGAGAAGCAUGACAAGGAAGUGUCGCAUGAUGAGAAACCCCUUGAAGAAAACAUCAACCGUCUGGAAAUGGAGGGCCAGGAAGCAAGAACUGUAGAGGAGGCCAUUUCCCUUCUCAGUGUGAAAUCAGAAAGACUUGACAGACAUCCAGAAAAGCGUGUCAAGGCAGCAUACACUGACUUUGAAGCUGAAAAUCUUCCACGUCUCAAACAAGAAAAUCCCAAUCUCCGAUUAUCGCAGUUAAAACAGAUGUUGAAGAAAGAAUGGCUAAAAUCACCUGAAAACCCUCUCAAUCAAAGGUCAAUUGCAUAUAAUUCAAAAUGAACUGUUUGAAAAGGGCAAGUGUGUAACCUUCCAUUGUUAAUCCCCAGUGAAAUCUUAUUAUUAUACAGGUGACAGAAUGAACAGGCCCUCCAACUGAAACAGGUACCCAGUACUGCUAGACACAGGGACAGUGUGGAGAAUCGACCUGGAAUGUAUUUGUUUUGAACAGUAUAUCCUCAUUGUUGUCAUGACGACAAGAGUCAUGCUUUAGAACUAAAUAUUGUCGAUAAGUAUUCAAGCAUAGUGCUACCCCAAGCACCCAAGCACAUACCACACACACAACCUGACCAUUCUGUGUAAUCUACUAAUGCCUACAGUGACAAACGCAUACAGUGUCAUGUUACCAACCACACAAUUGUCUAUACCAGCUGCACACAAAUAUGAAAAUGCUUAAAUUCAAUUGAUUGCUGUGAAAACUGCCUAUUUUAUGGCUUCUUUGCACUGAAUGUUUUUUUAUGUUAGUUAUUGAACAUUGACCAUAAACACCCAUCUUCCCGAGGCAAGGGAGUUAACUGACUAUAAAGGUCCAGUUCCAUGCUUGCCGAACUAGGCUGGAAUUCUGGAGUUAUAUCUUGGCUGCGCUAAUGAGUUCAUGCAUAGUCCAUUCAUAAUUGUGUUACGAAAUUGGAAUCUGGUUGGUAAUCUGCCAUGCAGAUUUCGGUCGAUAGCAGGAUUUGCAAAACGUGUGGCCCGUCAAUUUAACGUCAACAUAUAUAUAUAUAUAUAUUCCAUAUCUUUUCAUGUUUUUAAUCAAGCUGCUCACGUGAUUUGAUGCACUUCGCGAUGUAAGACCUGUUUUAUUACAAUAAAGAUCUUGAUUAUCAAUCAGAUCGUCUUCACUGGGUGCUGCCAUUUUGUUUCAAGCAAAUGCAAUGAUAUGAGAGGUGGAUUCUGAUUGGUCAAUAGGAGGGACAUAGAAGGGACAUAACUCAUAAUAGCCAGUGGUGGCGCUAUGAUUGAGCCCAGAAAUUCCAGUCAAUUUUGGCAAGGGUGGAAACUGAACUUUUACAGUCAGCUAACCUCCUUGUCACAGGAAGAUGGUUAACACCAAAUACAGGUUUAUUAUAAGAACAGAUUGAUACUUUAUUAAGUUUUGGUAUACACAGCUUGGUCUUUAGUUCCUGCUUGAAAAGUCUCAAUCUUCUCCAGUGCCUCACUAUGAACACUUUGUAUGAUGAUGUUUGCUUUAUUAGAUCUAUUGUGUGUGUGUAAAAUGACCUUGUGAGUGUACUGAAAUCUGACCUGUUGCAUUAUGUGCCCAUACCUAGGUACAAAUGCCUUGUUUACAUUCAUUUCUACGAAAUAACAAUUAACUUCUAAAACACUUCUCAAGGACCUAUGUACCUAUAAUGUAAACCAUCGUCAGUACUUCGCAGAUUUCUCCAUUACCCACGAAUACAUACCAUCGCUUUAGUGAGGUGUCUUUCUUCAGUCAGGCUUUGCAUAACUCAAGGAAGUCAAAUGAGCCUUAUUCCAUGCAUGUGCCAACAGUAGCGUUGUCUGACGUUGAAGCAAUGUGUAGAGUAGAUGCCAUGUUGGAAAAGAAAUAUCGCCAGGGUAAUUUUUAUACUUAUUGUUCUGAAAACUGGCUGGUUUUCCCCCUUGGCUUGGACAGGACCAAGGCUUGAUUCAUUAGCUAAAAUAGCAACUGAACCAUUUUGUGGUUGUAUGUAUUUACGGUGGACAGAGGAAUGUAGUGCACACAACCUGUGAAGUAUUGGAGCAUCCACAGACUAUUCACUGGUGUAAACUCACAGAGGUUGUCUGAACAUCUGGUUUACAGUGGACUUUUGCUUCUCAAUGUAAGAGUCAACGGCAGUAUGCUAUUUCUUGUUACUUUCAUUUGCUGAAAUAAGUUGAAACCACUGUUUGACAUGUUAAAAACAUAUUGUGGUCAUUUCAAAGUGCUAUUUUCCGAUGUACUAUUUUUUUCAUGUGGUUAUUUGUUUUGCUUAAGAAGCAGUCAUUUAUUUAUUCUCCCCUGCUGUAAAGUGUACAUAUUACCUGUGAUGUGUUUUGUACAGGUCAUCUUAUCUUUGUACACUUUUUCAACAUGUUGCUGACCAGACAGACAUCACUGUGGAGACAUUCUCUAGGCACUUGGCCUACAUUGCAGUACUAACAAUAAAGGAUUUACAGAA